UCCAUGCCCUAACCAUUAUAAAUUAUCAUCGCUGCAUCACCCUCUCCAUCUCUACGCAUUCCUCUCUUUCUCUUUCUUUUUAUCUUUCUGUUAUUCCCUCCCCGUUUGCCCGUCUCUUUCAUUUUCUUUCACACUUGAAGACGAGAAGAGAAGAUCAUCGGGUAAUGUCAGAAGAAAUGAAUCUAUCAAUAAAUGGUCAGUCUCAGGUCCCUCCUGGUUUUAGAUUUCAUCCCACAGAGGAGGAGCUUCUUCACUAUUACCUCAGAAAGAAAGUAGCUUAUGAAAAGAUAGACUUGGAUGUUAUUCGGGAAGUUGAUCUUAACAAGCUUGAGCCCUGGGAUAUACAAGAGAAGUGCAGAAUAGGAUCCACCCCACAAAAUGAUUGGUACUUCUUCAGCCACAAGGACAAGAAAUACCCCACGGGGACCAGAACGAAUCGGGCAACAGCUGCCGGAUUCUGGAAAGCUACUGGACGUGACAAGAUCAUUUAUAGUAGCUUUAGAAGAAUUGGGUUGAGGAAGACAUUGGUUUUUUAUAAAGGAAGAGCUCCACAUGGUCAAAAAUCUGAUUGGAUUAUGCACGAGUACAGGCUUGACGAUACCAACACCCUUGACUCUAAUGCACCCAAUCCCAUUGGCGAUUCUAUGGCUGAAGAAGGCUGGGUGGUUUGCCGUGUAUUUAGAAAGAAGAAUUAUCAGAAAACCCUAGAGAGUCCCAAAAGCUCCUCCUCCACUUCCCUUGAUUCCAAGACGCAGAUGCUUUGCUCAGGCAACGACGGGGUUUUAGAUCAAUUUUUUCUUUAUAUGGGAAGGACUUGCAAGAUGGAGAACGAUUCAUUGAAUAUUCCCAACGCCAACACCAACAAUCAUCUAAGAAUGCUAGUUGCGAACAACGCAGGAGGAAUCAGCGAUGGGUUACAUGAAAGUUUUAUGCACCUCCAGAGGCUGGAAAGCCAAUCUCUCCCAGCCCUUCCCAUCAAUACCGCACACUUUGAUCAGCAUCGAAGCUUCAAGCCAUGUUUCCAGUCCAUAGACGAUAUGCUGACUGAAAUUGAACCCUCUGCUGCUGCUGCUGGUUUUGACAAUACUAAUAAUGAGUCCAAAAAUGGCGUUAAUGACUGGGUCACUCUGGACCGCCUUGUGGCAUCCCAACUAAAUGGUCAAGUAGAGACAAGCAAGCAACUAUCAUGUUUUACUGACCCUAAUGCGGUUUUCGGUCUUUGUCACGAUGAUGAUGAAGAUGAUGAUGAUAUUCAAUUAUCGCACAUAAAUAUGCACAGAUCAAAUCAAAACCCCCAGGUCUACAGCAACGAGAAUGAUCUAUGGAGCUUGACUAAGUCAUCGUCACCGUCGUCAUCAGAUCCCUUGUGCCACCUGUCGGUAUAACAGAGGUAAAUACAUGUCAAGGUCAUACAAACAAGCCUGCUCAUUUCCUCAAGUAUUCUUAAUUAGGUAUACGUGGACAUACAUAUUAUACACAUGUAUUUUGCAUAAAUAAGGUUGAAAUAUGAGAGAGAUGAGAUGGCAUCAACCCAUUACACUUUUACUUAAUAACGGUGUCGUUUAAUCACCACUCAUCUUCUCUGGAAGGGUUAUUAUAGGGAUUAGAGUCUGGUUAAUGUGCUCUUUUUUUAAUUUUCCUACUUGUAAUCAUUUCCAAAGUGGAUUGUGAUCUUACCCUAAUUCGUUAACUAUCUUGAAAAAAUGCUUGACAAAAGUUUAA